AUGAUGAUAAACAAGUCAAAAUUGAAAAAUGUGGGAAUCAAUGUUAAAAUGUCGUAUCUAAAUGUUCCAAUUUGGUUUAAGAUACUAAUGGCAGUGGCUACAGUGAGUGUCAGUAAUUGGUAUAUUGUUAUUAUGAUCAUACAUCGUUGCAUUUCCAUCUACGUGACUCCCUUACGAAGCCGCCUUGAUCGCUCAUUAUGGGUUUUUGUACAGAAACAGUUGAAUUUAUGGAUUGUCUACGGACUGUGCUGGUUCUUCAGCCUUCUCAUUACUUCAUUUCCACUUCAUGAACACCAAAUCCUCCUAGAAGUGUUAAUUUUUGUUCUUCCAUUGACACUUGUAUUUAUUUUCUCGGUGUUGUUGUUAGUAAAGCUACGAGCGAUACAGAAGAAUAUUAGAACAGCGCCCAAAGCCACGCCUUGUUGCUUUCCCCAGCAGACUAAUAUUAAAUGCACUCAGAAAACGGAGUCAGAUGACACAUUUGCCCAAACAAAACAAGGUACAGCCUCGGUAGACAGACUUUCAGUGGCUUCGGAAGAGCAUCAAAAGAAACUCUCUCCUAAAACGCAGCAGGAACCCAUUACCAGUACUAUUUCUAGUGAAACUGAACGCAGGAAAACGUACUACCGAAUAACAACAACUAUUCUUAGUUUGUCCGUAUCUUUCCUUAUUCUGGACUCGUUGCAAUUAUUAGAUUUGCUUAUUCGAAUACCAUGGAGAAAUAUACUCGGUAGCAUAGAAGAAGCGCAUGUAAAUUCAUCAAUUACCCCAACAAAUGCAACCAAUAUGAAGGAAUUUUUGACAGAAGUGCAAAGGAGUGGGGAGAAACAAUCGGUGUUGAGUAUAGUAAAAAACACAUGCACACUAGGCAAAACUUUGGCCAAUUUCCUUAUCCUCUGUGCACAUAGUCGACACUUUCGAGCGUUGGUGUCGAUUAAAUUUAAACGAGGCCGUCGCCUAUUACGUCUCUUGCGCCGUCGAAUGCAGCCUCGUCUCUCGAGACAAGUAAAUACUGAUAUGGGCACAAGGUACUUCCGGCAAAUACCUUCAACAAGACGUAAUACAAUCCAUCGAAAAAGACCUGAACUUGAAGCCCGCGGUAUACCCAGCCCUCGCAUCCCUGGUCUUAUUAGAAAAGCAAAGAACAAAUUUGAAGAAAGUGCACCACUGCGACGUGAGCAGGAGAUAUACAAACCCAGAAUUUUUUACUCCUAUCAUUUGGUUUGCUUAAGCGGAUUCAUUGUGUCGCGUAAUAUUAAUGUAAAUGAUUUUGCACCUUUUGGAAAAUUAUUAUGCUUUAAUUUUUCGGACUAA